UUUCAUAUUCCCGUAACAGAAACAGAAAAUAGAACUGACAGUUUCAGAGAAUGUGACAAUUGGGUUGGGCGUGUAACUGUGUUCAUUUCAGUAAGAUGAUGUUGAAAUUGCAGAAGGUCAACUUACCAGCCCCUUAAGGGGGUUGGAAGGGCUGCAGGUGUGGAUGGACAAGCCCAUGGAUAGAGCAGAUCAGCAUGACUACUUGAAAAGUGUCUCAGUUAUGUGUUCCAAUGGCCAACAAGAUCCAACAUCUAUCUUCCGUACUUUGAUAGAUGACAUCAAGAAUUUAGAUGAUGACAGGGUGCACUAUUUUGCAAAACUGGCAACCAUCAUUCCAAGUUUACAAGACAGCACACACUGUGAUGGCAUCGACAUCCCAGAAAAUCCGCAGUUCUGGACCCAAGUGCUGGACCUCCUUGUCAAACAGAAUGGAUGGCUGGGUGUGGAUCUCCUUAUCCAGCCAAGGAAUGGACCCUGGUCGCCACUUGACGGCCGAGCGGCCAACUUGCCAACAGCAGAUAUACGUAUAUCCAGUAUGCUUGGGUCCAUGAGUGAUGUGGACUUGCAUGGCUUUGGUGUCCGACUCGCCAUCACCCUCCUGGAGAAGGGCACACCUCUUGAGAGUAUUGUAGAUGAAGACGAGGAACCACUGAUGAUAGCGGCUGUCAGAUCAGCCACCAGAUCAGGUAAUCUGGACCUGAUGAAGUAUGUCCUGGAGAGGCAGCCGGACCUCAGCCUGCAGAUUGACCAGCCUGACAGUCGGGGACUCCCCUCCACCUGUGUGUGAAGAGUCCUGCCAAGAGUGUCACCCACAGACGGAUCUGCCUCGAGCUGCUGCUGGGGCUGGGAUGCUGUGUCAG